AGAGUUUGCAUCAACCAUCAGAUGUCUUUCUGCCUGACUGAACUGCACCUGUGGUCAUUGAAGAGUAGCUUGCAUGUUGGGGACACAGACAUUGGAACUCAUCAGUACUAUGAUAAAGGAGAAACAGCAUCAGCCACCAACUACAGUUAUUUUGAAGAGAAGCAGCAAUUGGUUGAAUCUCGGGAAAACCCAUGGACACUGAAGAACAAACGUCCAGAAAAGCUUCGGGAUACACUCAAGGAACUUGAGGAGCUGUUGCAAAAUAAUCGGUGGGUGAAGACCAAAUGGAAGAGCAAAUAUUUAUGUCAUCUUCUUCUUGGAUCAGGUGUGCUGGUUUCACUAAGCCUUUCGGGGCCGCAGCUGGAGAAAGUGGUGAUUGACAAAACCUUAGCAGGGAAGCUCAUCUGUGACACCAUCAGUGAUGCUGUGCUUACAGACAGCUUCAUGAUUUUGUCCUUCUUGGAGAAAACAAAACUCUGCUUUAUCCAGUUUACGAAGAAGCAGGGUUCUCCAGAUAUUUCCAAACGAAUGGAAAAGCUGUCUACACUGGAUCUCAAGAUUUCUUAUUUGGAUUUACCUGGACCUGCAGGUCGGAGGAUGGAACGUCAUCUGUCUUUAAAUUGUAUGCAGGAUAUUGCAGUCUGCUGGUGGAAAACAGCCAGUAAUGAUGCCUGGCCCUGGUCUCCAAUUUCCAGUGAGUGGGACAAAGCAAAUGUAAUAUUACUGGGUAUGGCCCAUGGCAGUCUGGAGGUUUUGAGCUACAUUUCUACAGAGGGAGAUGCACUUAAUGCUGGCUUUAGCAUUAAUCAGCCUUAUCAAGUGCACACAGUAGAACAGUCUGUCAGUGCAGAUAAAGAGACUAUGGCUGACAGCUGCAUUUAUGAAUGUGCAAGAAACAGAAUUCAACGUUUGGCAGUCACUAGCAUCCCACUGAGGUCAAAGGCCAUUAGUUGCUGCAGGAACCUAGCUGAAGGCAAGCUGGUCUUGGGCUGUGAAGACUCUUCAAUCAUCCUAUAUGAUGCCCACCGCCAAGUGACUUUAAUAACUCAGACUGAACUUCUGCCUACAUUAAUAGACUGGCAUCCCAGUGGAGCUAUGUUUCUGGUUGGCAGCAGUCAAGGGGAGAUUCAGUGUUUUGAUAUGGCUUUGUCAGCAAUUAAAAUACAGCUUGUGGCGGAAGACUAUGCUCCUAAAGUGACGCUUCAGUUCACCAAACACUUUGAUGUGUCUAGCAGUCUGAAACAGAUGCAGUGGGCAGCAUCACAAACUAUGUCUCUGAGCAAUGACUCUGCUGAUGUUCAUGACCUGUUAUUUCUGCUUUUUGACAAAGGACCUUUGGGAGUACUUCAGUUUAAAUUGGGUGCCAUCACCAGAGGACAGCUAGGCCCAUUAGAGCUUAUUGCUCAGUACAUUCACUGUAACCAAAUUGAUGAAGCUGUUAACAUCUUGAGCAGCAUGAAUUGGAAUACCAUGGGUCUUCAGUGUUAUUUGUGUAUGUGCAGCAUAGUUGGCCACCUCCUUCGCCAAAAACUGAACACAGAGAGAGAAGCUCAACUUGAAGCAAGCCUUGGAACGUUUUAUGCUCCCACACAACCACUAUCAGAUACAACUAUAUUAGAGUACAGAGACCAAGUUAGCAAAUAUGCAAGAAGAUUUUUCCAUCAUCUUCUCAGAUAUCAAAGAUUUGAAAAGGCUUUCCUGCUUGCUGUUGACAUUGGUGCUCAUGACCUCUUUAUGGACAUCCAUUACCUUGCACUUGAUAACGGUGAAUUGGCACUAGCUGAAGUGGCAAAGAAAAAGGCUAACGAAAUUGAUGCAGAAUCAAUAACCUCUGGACUUGAGCUUCUGGGGCCUUUGGAUGGAGAAGAUUCUUUAAAUGGAGCUUUUGUUGACCUGUCCCAUACACUACAAGAUGGAGAAAGAUAUAAAGACAGUCUCCCGCCCUCCGGCUCAAGUAACAGCAAUCGCCUCUCUCAGCAAACAUCUCAAAGCAACAGGUCUUCAAGCCAAAGACCAGCAGCUGAAAUGAGGAAUGAACUUGGAAUCAGUGUCUAUGCAGCAGCUCUGAUGGAUGACCCUUUGGCCUGGAGCAGGACAGGAAAUCCUACAGAGAGCAACAGAGAAGAACAGGAAACCGGUGAAGCAGACCCUCUCAAAGUGGUCCAUUUUGGUUUGGUCUGAUACUGGAAUUUCUAUUCAAAAUUUCUAAAUGGAGACCUAACAGCUUAUUAGCUUUACAUGAGAGAUAGAGUUUUAUAACCAAGUUAUUAUACAUAUUAUACAUGUUUUUUUUUUGCUUAUUGUAUAUACAGUGUAACAUAAACAAAGAUAAAUAUUUAUAUUCUGUAUUUUAUAUAAAUAGCCAUAAUCAAAUAAUAGUGCAAAUGUAGUCCUUAUGUUUCAUACUUCUUGCAUACCAUAGAGCAUGCACAUUGUUUAUACCUUUUGUUACUGUUUAGUAAUUACAUGAAUUUGAUAAUGCUGAACCAAGCUAUAAUUUACAAUCUAGAAAGUCUCCCUCGUUUGAUAGUGAACUAUUGAGAACAGUUUACUGCAUUUGAGCUUGAUUUGUAGGUUAAAAUUCAAUGUUUAUGAAAAGAACAAACUGCUUAAAAUAAAUUAUCUUUGUUCCUUCAUUCUA